AGUUGGAAGCUCAGUAAGGACAAGGAACAAUGGCCAGUGACAGCAAGAAGACAGUCCUUAUAACUGGGUGCUCAUCGGGCAUCGGGCUAAAGAUUGCCGUACAGCUGGCACAUGAUCCCCAAGAGCGCUAUCAUGGUGAGGACUUAUAGAGAGCUUAUACAGAGUAAUAAGAGGUUAUAUGGAGUAAGAGGAGGAGUUAUAGAGAGAGGUUAUAUGGAGUUAUAGGAGGAGUUAUAGAGAGAGGUUAUAUGGAGUAAUAGGAGGAGUUAUAGGGAGAGGUUAUAUGGAGUAAUAGGAGGAGUUAUAGGGAGAGGUGGAGUAAUAGGAGAGAAGUUAUAUGGAGUAAUAGGAGGAGUUAUAGGGAGAGAUUAUAUGGAGUAAUAGGAGGAGUUAUAGGGAGAGGUUAUAUGGAGUAAUAGGAGUUAUAGGGAGAGGGUUAUAUGGAGUAAUAGGAGGAUAUAGGGAGAGGUUAUAUGGAGUAAUAGGAGGAGUUAUAGAGAGAGGUUAUAUGGAGUAAUAGGAGGAGUUAUAGGGAGAGGUUAUAUGGAGUAAUAGGAGGAGUUAUAGGGAGAGGUUAUAUGGAGUAAUAGAGGAGUUAUAGGGAGAGGUUAUAUGGAGUAAUAGGAGGAGUUAUAGAGAGAGGUUAUAUGGAGUAAUAGGAGGAGUUAUAGAGAGAGGUUAUAUGAGAGUAAUAUAGGAGGAGUUAUAGGGAGAGGUUAUAUGGAGUAAUAGGAGGAGUUAUAGGGAGAGGUUAUAUGGAGUAAUAGGAGGAGUUAUAGGAGAGGAUAUAUGGAGUAAUAGGAGGAGUUAUAGAGAGAGAUUAUAUGGAGGAGGAGUUAUAGAGAGAGGUUAUAUGGAGUAAUAGGAGGAGUUAUAGAGAGAGGUUAUAUGGAGUAAUAGGAGGAGUUAUAGGGAGAGGUUAUAUGGAGUAAUAGGAGGAGUUAUAGGGAGAGGUUAUAUGGAGUAAUAGAAGGAGUUAUAGAGAGAGGUUAUAUGGAGUAAUAGGAGGAGUUAUAGAGAGAGAGGUUAUAUGGAGUAAUAGGAGGAGUUAUAGGGAGAGGUUAUAUGGAGUAAUAGGAGGAGUUAUAGAGAGAGAGGUUAUAUGGAGUAAUAGGAGGAGUUAUAGAGAGAGGUUAUAUGGAGUAAUAGGAGGAGCUAUAGGGAGAGGUUAUAUGGAGUAAUAGGAGGAGUUAUAGCUAUAGAGAGAGGUUAUAUGGAGUAAUAGGAGGAGUUAUAGGGAGAGGUUAUAUGGAGUAAUAGGAGGAGUUAUAGAGAGAGGUUAUAUGGAGUAAUAGUUAUAGGGAGAGGUUAUAUAGGGGGAGUUAUAGGGAGAGGUUAUAUGGAGUAAUAGGAGGAGUAAUAGGAGGAGUUAUAGGGAGAGGUUAUUUGGAGUAAUAGGAGGAGUUAUAGGGAGAGGAUGGAUAGAGUAAUAGGAGGAGUUAUAGGGAGAGGUUAUAUGGAGUAAUAGGAGAAGUUAUAGAGAGAGGAUAUAUGGUGUAAUAGGGGGAGUUAUAGAGAGAGGUUAUAUGGAGUAAUAGGGGGAGUUAUAGAGAGAGGUUAUAUGGAGUAAUAGUGGGAGUUAUAGGGAGAGGUUAUAUGGAGUAAUAGGGGGAGUUAUAGAGAGAGGUUAUAUGGAGUAAUAGGAGGAGUUAUAGGGAGAGGCUAUAUGGAGUAAUAGGGGGAGUUAUAGGGAGAGGUUAUAUGGAGUAAUAGGGGGAGUUAUGGAGAGAGGUUAUAUGAAGUAAUAGGAGGAGUUAUAUGGAGAGGUUAUAUGGAGUAAUAUGAGCAGAUAUAGAUAGAGGUUAUAUGGAGUAAUAGGAGAAGUUAUAGAGAGAGGAUAUAUGGAGUAAUAGGGGGAGUUAUAUAGAGAGGGUAUAUGGAGUAAUAGGGGGAGUUAUAGAGAGAGGUUAAAUGGAGUAAUAGGGGGAGUUAUAGGGAGAGGUUAUAUGGAGUAAUAGGAGGAGUUAUAUGGAGAGGUUAUAUGGAGUAAUAGGAGCAGUUAUAGAUAGAGGUUAUAUGGAGUAAUAGGGGAGUUAUAGGGAGAGGUUAUAUGGAGUAAUAGGGCAGAGAGUUAUAUGGAGUAGUUAUAGAUAGAGGUUAUAUGGAGUAAUAGGAGGAGUUAUAGGGAGAGGCUAUAUGGAGUAAUAGGGGGAGUUAAAUGGAGAGGUUAUAUGGAGUAAUAGGAUGAGUUAUAGGGAGAGGUUAUAUAGAGUAAUAGGAGCAGUUAUAGAGAGAGGUUAUAUGGAGUAAUAGGAGGAGUUAUAGAGAGAGGUUAUAUGGAGUAAUAGGAGGAGUUAUAGGGAAAGGUUAUAUGGAGUAAUCAAAGGAGUUAUAGGGAGAGGUUAUAUGGAGUAAUAGGAGCAGUUAUAGAGAGAGGUUAUAUGGAGUAAUAGGAGCAGUUAUAGGGAGAGGUUAUAUGGAGUAAUAGGAGGAGUUAUAGAGCUAGGUUAUAUUGAGUAAUAAGAGGAGUUAUAGGGAGAGUUUAUAUGGAGUAAUAGGAGGAGUUAUAGGAAAAGGUUAUAUGGAGUAAUCGAAGGAGUUAUAGGGAGAGGUUAUAUGGAGUAAUAGGAGGAGUUAUAAGGAGAGGUUAUAUGGAGUAAUAGGAGGAGUUAUAGGCAUAGGUUAUAGGGAGUAAUAGGAGGAGUUAUAGGGAGAGGUUAUAUGGAGUAAUAGGAGGAGUUAUAGGGAGAGGUUAUAUGGAGUAAUCGAAGGAGUUAUAGGGAGAGGUUAUAUGGAGUAAUAGGAGCAGUUAUAGAGCAAGGUUAUAUGGAGUAAUAUGAGAAAUGUAUAUAAGGUCUAGAGUAUUAUGAUGCAUCAGACAGUUCAUGAGUUCUUCUGUACCUGCAUUUUGUAUAAUUAUUUAAUUAAAGGGAUACUCCAGGCACCAAGACCACUUCUGCCCAUUGGAGUGGUCUGGGUGCCAACUCCCACUACCCUUUUCAUAAAAUGCAAUAUUUACAUUGCAGGGUUAAGUCCUCCUCUAGUGGCUGUCUAGUAGACACAAAAAAUGUGUGACCUCCAGCGUUGCCAAAAUCCCCAUAGGAAACCAUUGUAUAAUGCUUUCCUAUGGGGAGGUCUAAUGCUUGUGCGUGGCCAUUGCCGCGCAUGCGCAUUAUGUCUCCCCCGCCGGCUGAUGUCGGCAGGGAAGGAGCGCAGGAGGAACGACAUCGGCGCUGGACUCCGGGAUGUCACUAAAGGGGUUUUAUCUCCUUCAGUAACUUGGGAUGGGUGGUGGGAGUUAGAGGGGCACUAGAAGGUCCUGCAGUGCCAGGAAAUGAAUAUCUUUUCCUGGCACUGGAGAAUCCCUUUAAUUUUUACUUGUGUGCUGGGGGCUAGUUGCACCCCCAGAACACGUGACAUUGUCAGCUCAGAACUCUGUCAUCAGUGCGAUAAUAGGCAUGAUUAUCUUCUAUAAAUAAUUAUAUAUGUAAAUCAACCCCUUCUAACAUUUGAAUUCCUUGAAUUUUUUUCAUAACAGAAAGUUACAUUUCAUUUCUCUCUUUAUGACAUCUGUUACUACAGUGUCCCAGAAAAUGUCCCUAUCCAUACAGCAGGAAUUAUGUUAUUACAUAUUUUGAAACAUUGUAUUUCCCUAUGUAUUUGUGCUACCUUGUUACUAUUCUACAUAUGGCAGGGGCCCACAAUUUUUUUUGUCCUAACUUCCCUAUAAUAUCACAUUAGUGUGAGUAUUCAUUUGUAACAAUUGUUUCAGAUAUCAGACCCUUCCGGUGUCAUUUUAUUCUGUGCCUCCCCUGUCAUUGUGUAUACAACCUUAUGCAGUGAGCAAUCCCCAGCCCCAACAUCAGGCGGUGGCUGAGUGUGAUUGCUCCUGCAAACUACCCAAUCUAGCAGCAGAUCGGAGAGAUCGCUGUGUGUUUCAGAUGCUGCCUAGCAACUGUGGAAUGCAAGUGGUUCGCGGACCGAUCUCGCAAUCGGCAGGUUCAGCUGAUCGGUCAUCUCCUCGUUCACAGUAGCAUUUACUGCAAGGUUCGCUCAUGCAGUGGCGUCUCUAGGAUUCAUUUUUAGGGGGGGCACAUGGAGGGCCAGGGACAAAAGUAGGGGGGCACAUUUAACCUUGCCCUCGCCGUAGUUUGACCCCACCCCUGUCGAAUGUUAAGCCCCGCCCCCGACACAAUGUGUUUUGUUUUUUUAAUAAUCCCUGGUGGAGGAUUCAUUAUUUUCCACCAAGAUUAUUAAAAAAACAAACACAUUACCCUUGAUACAGUGCCAUAGUUGCCAACAUUUGAAAAAAAAAUUCCAAGGUCAUUUUGCCGCACAGCUAUCAAUUACUGUCUGGGUAUAAUAUCCCUGGACAGUCAGUGCUCUCUGUAUAAUACAGGGUUGUGUGUAUAAUAAAUUGAGACACUCACUGCUCCCUGUAUACUGCUGCUCUCUGUAUUAUACAGGUCUGUUUGUGUAUAAUAUCCCAAGACAGAGAGCAGCACUAUACAGGGAGAACUGACUGUCCCGGGAUAUUAUACAGGCACAGGCCUGAAUUAGACAGAGAGCAGCACUAUACAGGAAGCACUGACUAUCCCGGGAUAUUAUAUUCACACAGAUCUGUAUUAUACAGAUAGCUGAGCAUAUACCCCAUGUCCCAAUCUCUAGACUACUAGUACCUGUCAACAGCAGCUCCCAGACGCGUGUAACAGGGCUAAAGUGUGCGGCAGCUCACACAGAUGAUUCAGCGGUAAAGUGCACUCGCUGGCAGAGCCAAACUGGGAAUCCCUGGGAAUCCAAAGCAGCCCUGGAAAAAAAACGUAUGCCAUUCCUACAAGUCAUAUAUAUAUAUAUAUAUAUAUAUAUAUAUAUAUAUAUAUAUAUAUAUAUAUAUAUACAUAUAUAUAUAUAUAACAGAGUUAAGGGCCCCGGGGCAAAGCAAUGCACUGGGGCCCUUGCUACACAACAACUCACAGGAAUUUUAACCCCUUCAGGACACAACUUCUGGAAUAAAAGGGAAUCGUGACGGAAUAUUUCCAUCAUGUGUCCUUAAGGGGUUAAUUAUUGAUAGACUGCUGAAUCCAUACACACUCACAGACUGUUGAGUCCAUACAGACACACAGACACACACACAGACUGCUGAGUCCAUACAUACACAGACUGCUGAGUCCAUACACACACACACAGACUGCUGAGUCCAUACACACACAGAGACUACUGAGUUCAUACACACACACAGACUCUGCUGAGUCCAUACACACACAGACUCUGCUGAGUCCGUACACACACAGACUGCUGAGUCCAUACACACACACAUACACACACACAGACUUCUAUGUCCAUACACACAUAUAUACACACACACAGACUGCUGAGUCCACACACACACACACACACACAGACUGCUGAGUCCAUACACACACAGACUGCUGAGUCCACACACACACACACACACACACACAGACUGCUGAGUCCACACACACACACACACAGACUGCUGAGUCCAUACACACACAGACUGCUGAGUCCAUACACACAAACACAGACUGCUGAGUCCAUACACACACAGACUGCUGAGUCCAUACACACAUACACACACAGACUGCUGAGUCCAUACACAUACACACCAAGCCUACCUGUCACUGGAGGUUGUUGCUGGGGGUCAGACAGCCAUCAUCUGUAGCAGCAUGGUCUGCUGCUUUACGGUGGGGGUGGGGCUUAUGUGCAGGGGUGGGGCUUAUGAGCAGGGGCGGGGCUUAUGUGUUGGAGGCGGGGCCUGUGGCGGGGAGCCUGUCAGUGCUCCCUCCAGCCACAGACAGCACCCAGCACCUCAGUCCUGCAUUCCCUCUGGCUGUAACAGAUUGUUACAGUCCGAGGGAAUAUAAUUGAAGCACAUGGCCAGCAAGUUGCUGGCAUUUGGGGGGCCCAAGGGGGGCCCCCCCUAGCGAUGCCACUGCACACAUGACAUGGGUAAGCACAUCAUUUUCAUAGCUAUAUUCUUUUGCCUAUACAUGUAAUGUUAUCUUUGCCAUCCUGAGGAAGGCUCCUGAAACGGUGAUGUAUAUUUUUUUGUUUUAUACUAUAUGAAGUAAAAGUUAUAUCUUAUUCAUCUAUAUCAAGACCUUGGAGUGCACUCUGUUUUUGGAUAUUUUUAUUAACUAUAUAUAACUAUAUAUAACUUUACAACGGAGGGAGCUUCAAGAGAAAAGAUGAUCAUGCCUGUUAUCACACUGAUGACAGGCGAAAAAUAUGCACAGCAUUGACAUUGGUUGCCCGUGCCUACCUUGUCCCUUAAAUGGUUCCUUAUUAAUGUACAUAUUGCAUAUUGCAGAGGCCUUGCAGAUUGGUUGUGUUAAUAUAUUAAUAGUUCUCUUUUUUAGAUUUGUUUUCUUUUUAUAAGUCUUGGGGGCUUUAUUCUGUAUUUUCAUUUUAAAAACAAAUAAGUAAAAAAUUUCAAAAAUAGCAUCAGAUAAAGGGAAGAGUUGCUUACUUAAAAAGAUGUAAAAAAACAAAUACAAAUGAAGUUAAUAAUGAAAUGUCCAGCAUACACCUGCACAUUCCAAGGUGUUUUCAAGUCUAAUAAAGAAGCACCUUGGAAUUAUGACGCUUAAAAGAACAGAUCUUAACCACAUUUUGCUGUAGCGAUAUUAUACGCUUUAGCUCCCAUGGUGCUAAGUCAGACAACUGAUAUACGAAGGGGGCCUGCCCCUUUAUUAUUUUUCAGAAAAAACACUCUGCUCUGUGAAUAUAUAGGUGCUUAGGUACAGUUAUAAAAAUAUAACAAGUUCACACGCUACUACACUCAGGUGGAUAUUCCCCUAUUCCAUCCCACACGUGAGAGCAAACAAUUAAAACCAGGAAGGUGUACAAUACACCAACCAGAGAAGUGGAGCAUGUAAGGUGUUCUAUAGGAUACACCUACCCUUUGUUGGGACGUAGGGAUUUAGUUGUAAAAUUAGGGAAAAAAGGGACUAAUAGUGUAAUAAUGUCAGGGGUAUAAGUGGACUGGAGGUGUCCAAUUCUCCAACUCACAUGUGAAUGAGCCUUCCAGGACCGGCUCAGAUCGUAUAGGCAGAAGUGUACUAGAUGACACAAUCACCUGUUCUGCCUGCUCAAAUAUGGUAUAUGAAAUGAAAAAGAAGUGGGGAAACCAGUAGACUUCUGGUGUAGUAUGUAAGGUAUGAUAAACCAGAUAUACAAUAAAAAGAUCUUGCUCACCUAUUCCAGAGCCAUUAACGCCUGGCUCAAGGUGAUAGCGCUCUGUGCCUCUGAGGGGGCAAAACCUUCUUUUCAAGCAAGCAGGCAGGAGUGAUUUAUUGGGCUAUAUUAUUUAAUAAACGCAACAAUUAAAAACAAAGUAACAAAAAUAAAAAGCUAGCUGCCAAGAAUACAAACAAGUUGUCCUUGUUCCUCCUCCGAUACGCGUUUCACCCUUUCCUAGGGCUUUCUCAAUCGGUGUAUCAUUUUACAGUUUAAUCCCUACGUCCUAACAGAGGGUGGGUGUAUCCUAUAGUACACCUUGCAUGCUCUUCUUCUCUGGUUGGUGUAUUGUACACUUUCCUGUUUUUUGAUUGUUUGUUCCCUUUAUUAUUUUGUCUGUUUAUCGCACAGCUGUGAGUGAUGGCAAUGUGCACCUGCAUAAAGCAACACUGUAUCACUUUCAGCUGCCGCUGUGUGAAAUUGUUGAGUAUCUGCCACCAAAAUAAUUCUGAAAAAUAUGUUCUUGAAUACAUGCUAGCUGAUCAAAAAAUAAAUAAACAGGAAAUAUUUUGGAUAUGGUGACAAUAAUCCAUUCUUUGCUGGUAUGAAAGAACUGCUUUAUAAGAAGACAUCAAAAUCCCUUUCUUAUGCUUGACAACAAGCACCAAUAAUAUGAUUUCUAUAUGCUAAUACUGAAGUAUGGCUGUAUAGCACAAACUUCCGGGUCACUUGUUGGUUAGUUCUACAAGUGUUUGCAGCCAUCUUUCCUUCAUUAUAAUAAGAUCAGUGCUAUCAGGGUCCUCUUACGCUUGUAAAUUCUUAUUAACUAAGAUUCAUGGAUUUAGAUUUGGGAUACAAUUACUCAUUUCACUUGAGUUGGCUUUGAUUUGGAGUUGGAACAAGCCCGAGGCUGAUUGAGCAUCGGGAGAGUUGUUGCCAACUGCACUUGACGUGAAAAGGUUUGUUUUUACUUCUGUAGCUGUCAGAAACUGACCUAUGUUAUUAUAUCCUACUCACGGUCUAGUUUUUUUUCAUUAAUUAUUAAACUGCUAACACAGAGAGACCAUGAAAAAUGAAUAACCUUAUAAAUAAAUAAAGAUGUUUUGUCUGGUUGCAGCUGAGAGUGCUGACCUUUUGCUCUGGAUAAAUCUUCUUAUCUCAAUAAGAGGAUUGAAGUCCUACGGUGUUAAAGCCUCUUAAAGAAGCCUUCCUGGCUGUCCUACAUUAAGUUGUAAAGUCGCCCUUACAAAUAGUGUCAAUACAUUGCUUAUCAGAAAUUUAUAUUGUAACAGGUACAGGGUGCAUGAUCCCUGACUUUGGAUUCAGAGCAGAAGCUGUUACUGUAUCCAGCCACCGGGGACCUCCAGGCCACGGGGACCUCCAGGCGCUAACACAGCAAACUGGUACCGUACGGCUACUCGCCUAGCAGUCGGAGAUUCUUAAGUGAUAUCACCCAACCAUCAAGCAAAUACUGGAUAAAGAGAUUAAAAGCUCUUUCCACCUUGCACCCAAACAAGAGACAAGACUGAGUGCAGGGACAAGACAAUACUGGUUUAUUGACAAUCAGGCAGUAUAUUUAUGCAAUACAAUGUCUUACAUAAAGGCGUGACGAACAUUUUAAACAGUGUGAGGACCUUGUGGAUGACUCCAGUGACACAGAGGGUACUAAUCAGAGUGCUGGGCACAUACACAUCCCUAAUGUCAGUAUGUCUUGGCUAAACUGAGCAAUCGGGGGAAGGGAGCAAGAACCACUUGUCCAGUUGGUGUUUUCUACAAUGUCCUUGGUGGUUAACCGGUUAAUUACAUAACCCCAAAUGUUUGCACUGAGAUUUUCUGGAUAGUUAAACUUUCACGGCUGAAGAGUGAUGUCCAUUAGACUUUCGGCAUUCAUUUGAAAAUCGGCUAUUUCGUUUAUUCAUCCAAUUUCUGAAUGGAACAAUGGAAGAAUUAACUAAAUUAGGAAACAAUAUACCAAACAGCUGAAAGACUAAAAUACUGCUUAGUAGGCAGCUCCCUAAUCUGGGAUCACCAUAUUUAAGGAUACCAAAAGAAGAAAUUGAUUAUUUUAACUCAAAUUACAGCCGAAGGCUUGAUUUUGAAUAAUUAGUGUUUGCAUUUUUAUGAUCUCCUCUGUGUAAAUUAACUUUUUAUUUUUUAUUCUUUUUCAUUAUCAAAGGGUUAUAAUUUGUAUUAUAAUGAAACUGAUACCGGUAACUGUAGAAUAUGUCAUAAGUUUACAGGGUCACAAUAUUUUUUUUGUCAGCAUCAGUAAAUACAAGUUCAGUAAUAAUCAGUACAAUGAUGGAUGAGUUAUUGGUCCAAGGAUUAAAGAGCAAAACUACGUAUAAGGUAACAACUUAUUAAUGAUUGAACAUGUAAGGGGUCAGCUGCCCUCGUUGAAGAUGGGGCAGUUGCCACUGUUUGAAAUAUCUGAGGACUGAGUUCAUACUAUACUUACCAAGCACAUUCUGAUCCAGGCUGUGCGGCUAUGCUUCCUCAUACUACGGGUCUGGCAUGAAUGAUUGAAAGCACACCUUGGCGUCACAGAUUGCCUUGGGUUACGAUACAUAGUUACGGGUAGGUGUGGGAGUGUAAGAGGGUGGGUAAUAAGCCUUCUGAAAUUGGUCUUAUACUGGUCCACUGAGUAGUUUGGAGAGAUCCUGUUUGCAACCAUAAAAAUGGGGACAUUGGUGAUUAUUCAUACUAUGCAUAGAAUACCUGAUCUACAAAGCGAUAGAACGAUUUGUUUGUCAGAAGGUACCUUUGUCAUGAACCCAGUUGAUUUUAGGGGCUUUUUCCAGAAUCCCUUUCCAACUGUCAUAUUAAACCGGAGGAGUGGAGGAGGUCAUUUUACUACUUAGUUGUGUAGUAUUAAGACAAGAAAAUUCAUUGAAGGCACUCGUUUACUCACAUAUUUGGGGUAAUCGACUUUGAGAGGUAGGCUGAUAUGGCCCUGUAAAGUGUAAAUUUGAGAGAGUUCUUGUUAAAACUGUGUAGAUAAAACCUAUCAGUAAAGAGAGGAGGUAAUACUUUAUUGUCGUCUAAUAAAGUGGAACCAGGCUUCCAAAGUGGAGAGAAAGGUAUUUGUGAGUUAGAGAGGCAUGGAUUUCUUCCAUCCAUCUGAACAGUUCCACGUUUGCGAUCCACUCCCUAAUAAAUGGUGCUGGUGGGCUUUUUUCAGUUUAUAGGGAUGAGUAGAUUGGCAUCAGUUAGAAGGUGUGUGAUUAUGAGACAUUGUGGUUUGGGGGAGGUUGUGUGUUUAAUAGGAAAAUGAGCGCUUCUGGUAAAAGUGGCAAGUGAGAAUCUACUAAGUCUUUUAUCAUUGAUGUGAUCCUUGUCCAGUAGGCCUGAAUAACUAUGCAAGACCACUAAAUAUGAGCCGAUGUGGUCCCUGUCUGGUGGCAUCUCCAACAUUUGUCAAUUGUGUCAGGAAAGAGACUAUGAAGCUUUGUUGAGGAGUAGUGCCAUCUAGUUAUUCUCUUAUCUCCACUUUCUUGUAUGUUAUUGUUGAUGGAGGAACGGUGUAUUUGUGCAAAUGAUUUUCCCCAGUCCUCUGCCUUGAGUGAGAUGCUCAGGUCAUCGGCCCAUGUAAAUGUAAAGUGAGUCAGUGAGGUUUUUUAGGGUCAAGUAGAAGGAGCUUAUAGAAUGUAGAGAGAUGCUUCACUGAUAUUAUGCAUCACACAACUCAUUUCGUAGAUCGUAAAGGGUUGCAUGGUAAAUUGACCUUUUUCACAUGAUUCCUCCAGUUAUUUAAAUUCAUAUCAAGUCAGUGGUUGAGUUUCCUUUGGUGGCAAUGGGAGUUUAACAUUGUCAGAAAUCUAUUUUAAUGUCCUGUCUGUGUUUUUACAUACUGCAGCUGUGAUACCAGUGUGUGGUGGAGUUUACUAGGUAAAAGCUAGUAAAAUACUCUAUAGCAGAUAGGGAGUCUGCACUUACCACUUACCCAUUCAGUAAUAAUACGAGAUUUGGGUUGCAUUCUGCUACUGAUUUAAAAUAGGAUGUAACUAAAUAUAUAAAAAAAAGAACCUCAAAAUAAAAUUAAUUGUGUUUAUAAUGCUGCAAUUAUUACGAAUAGUAAUAACUAUUAUGUGGAUUAAAAAUAUUUUUAAUCACAAAUAUGACAGCUCCAUAUUAACUUCAACUUUAGUAGGUUGCAGUUUUGCCCUCAGCCUCAGGAACCCUGAGCUGUUCCAUAUCUUUAUUGUUCUCUCUGCCUGCAGUCAUUGCCACCAUGAGGGACCUACGGAAAAGUGGAAAGCUGGAAGCAGAAUCAGGACAUUCCUUAAAUAAAACAUUAGAGAUCAAACAGCUGGAUGUGACUCAGGAAGACUCUGUGAAGAAAUGUUUGGAUGGACUUCCUGAUCGGAAAGUUGACAUUCUGGGUGAGUGAACCUUAGAGCUAAUGCCAUCGAUUUGCUGAGUAAAUGUAAAAGAACAUUCCAAACACCAAAGGCACUUUAGCUUGCUGAAAUGCAUUAUGUGUGAAGAGUGUGUUCUCCCUUUUCAUUUGGCAAAAAUUAAUUGUCAAUUUUGUAAUUUGACCUUGUUACCCACCCCAAGGCUGUCAACCAAACGACAGGUCCUGUUACUUCCUGGUUUGGUUAGCUCAGUGGCACUAAACUCACCAAUCAGCACGCCUGCCUUGCAAUGACUUCUUAUUGAGCUGCAUUGGGAAAUCUGUGAUUGGAAAGCCAAAGCAAUUCCAAAAGUCUGGGCGAGCUUAGAAGGGGAGGACUUAGAAAGGCAGCACACGACAGAUCUACAGCUUUUGCAAGCUGUUUUUCAGAUAUUCACCCAAUGAAAACAAGCACAAUUAAAUACAUGCAUGUGUUAAUUGGAGGUAUAUAUACUAAAUAGUAAUUUUGUUAUUUGGGCAGUGGUGUUCCUUUAAUGUAGGCCUUUGACUCUGAUUGGAGAAAACCAUAAAACUCACUGUUAGCAUACCCCAAAAUAAAAACUAUUUGGGAUGCAUUCAAUCUCAUUCUAGUAGUGGGGUUUUGUUAACACGUAUUUCUAUUGUGGGCUAACUCGCCUUAUGCCAAGAUGAAUGGGGCAACUGAGUAUCCAUAGUUUAUGCUGUAGGAUGCUGAGGGAAUAAUAAGAAAGGCUUCUGAAUGUAUGACAGGUCAGGGGAAAUAUGCUGAAUAAGAUUAUGAUAACACAGACAUUUGUCAACUUCACCAAAGAGAUAUUAACAUCAAAAUGCCUUGAUUGCAGAGGAUCUGUUUAGUGUGUUUUGCCUAUGCUCCUUAUACACUGUGACGGUAGUCCCCAUCUUUGGGACACUUUAUAUAGGUUCCAGUAUUAUUAUUAUGUUUUAGUCACCCUUUACAGCACCCUCUGUUGGUAGUAACAGCUACAUGCACUACCUGAAUAUCAAACUUGUUAAAUUGCAUAUUCAGGUAGAUUUGCAUAUUACUAAUUCUGCAGACAGGAGAAAUAUUUUGUGUUAAUUGUUGUCUUCUCCAUCCAUUAAUAUGCAUUUAUAUAAUUAUAAAUUUCUGUAUGUUGUCUAAUGUGAUUUGAUUGUUUGUAUUUUUAUUGAGUUGUCACAGUAAUCUAAAUGUAAUGGGGCUAGUCCCGAGUGAAAAAUAAAGCUUAGUAUGUUAGUUCUUUAAAAAAUAAAUAAAUAAAUAAAAUAAGGUUGUAGGGGGUUAUAAAUAGAUGUACUGUUAAUAAAAGUUGUCUUAAUCCCUUUCAAAAGUGUCAUGUAGUGCUUGGGGAGGUGGGCUAUAAUCAUUAUAGCAGCAUUUCUUCCAACUUGAGAGGACUUCAGUGGAGAUACUAGCUUGGAAUCUUGGAGCUCCACUACAUACACACACUAGGGAACGAAAUUGGGAAGACGUGACAGUAAAGACCCAAAAAGGCUGCCAAAAACCAUUUGUUACUUCUGAGCCUAAUAAAAUAUCUCAAUAAUGUGUGAACAAUUUAUUUUGUUCAAGUCAUCCUCCAUUUAGGAAACAAGUUUUAUACCUUAACACAUGAUAUUUGCUUGCAGUGAACAAUGCUGGUGUUGGCCAAAUUGGUCCAAUUGAAAGUUUAUCAAUGGAAGACAUAAGAAAGGUGUUUGAAACAAACUUUUUUGGAGUCGUGAAUCUUGUUAAGGAGGUCCUUCCCGGAAUGAAGAAGCGUGGCAGUGGCCAUAUUGUUGUGAUCAGUAGUGUCAUGGGACUUCAAGGUAAGGAAACAAAAUGCAAGAUGAGUGGUUAUGUUCCAUUUUUUAUUAUGAGAACUAUCAGUGGACUCAUUACCUAUAAACAAUAAUUGAGUUAAUCUUGCUAUGCAGCCACUUACUGCUGAAAAGAACUCCCCAUUCCCCUUAUGCAGAUGAGACUGCUGAAUUUUUUUAAGGGCUUGUGGCAGAGCCCCACACUCAACUUGAGUGUCACCACCAAAUGUUUCCUUUGCCUGGAGCAGUUUAGCUGAAGUGACUAAAGCAGUGCCCUCAAACAUCAGCCAAGGCUUUCUGAAGGCUAAAACAGGCAUACUGUAUUUCACAACCUUUAUACAGGCAUUCCUAACAGGGGUUCAUUAACUGAAAUAAUACAAUGUCACCCUGGCGCCUCUGUGUCUGGAGAAUAACAAAAUUAAAGACAGGGUGAUUUAAUUAAUUAGCGGACAACAGGACACCUUACAUCUGUAUUCCCAAAAUGUACCAUUCCCCACAAGUUAUUCUGAAACAAUGUAUCCCUGGGAACAUCUGUUUCUCAUAUGUAAACUGUCAAGAAAGCUUCCAGAUCAGAUUGAACAAUCACAGAUUGACCUACCCACAGCCAUGCUUUGAUCCGGUGCAGAGCUACAUGCUUUUGCUUGGUAGGUCCAUGUCUCAGAUAAUCAGUUUCUGGAGCCCUAUAGAAGGAAGUCCUUGGUAUCUCUGGAUGCCUAAUUACCUCUCUGACCUUCCUUCCAAAUAGCGCCCUGUGACCCUGGUGGUCGGGGGACUGGGAUACAUGAUCACGGGUGGCACAGUUUAGAUCCAGUGAACAGGUCCAGAGCGAUUCUGGAUAUCUCAAGGUCAGGCGCUUGAUGUAUAAGAGGAGUCCAUGCCAAAUAAGCGUCUAAGGCGCUCUACUGAGUUAUAUGUUAUGCAAGCAGUGGAGAUUUGAGCUCUUUUGGAAGGUUUGUCCCAGAGUCCUACACCAGCUGUUAAGGUCGGACUAGACCUUCAGAGGGCUUAUCUAAACAUUUAUAAUAGAGCUUAUUUCAAGAAAAAAAUGCCACUUUUAGAAUAAUCCUUAGUUACAGAAGUCCAGGUGGGUUUCUUGUCUGACUUGCGUUAAAUGUUCAAAGCAGAAAGUAAUCUAGCCCAUGGAUCAGCGCAGCUAAGAGGAAUAGGCCUUGACAGAGCCAGGAGGUAGGCAUAGCAGCCACAGGAAUUUAGUGACAGCUAGCAUGCUGGGUAGGGCGGAGCCAUAAGGGGAGUAUUUAUACCAGCCAUUAUAUGAAGUGGCCAUUUUUCAAUGUUUUAAUUUUUAUUGUUUUGUGCGAUGUCGCACUGACAUCAAGAACAAGUAAGGGGGGUACAGAAAGGAAAAGGGGGAAGGGAUAACAAUGUGUUGACACAAUCUUCUGUUACAUUACGAGGAUUAGUACACUGGCAUCAUACGAAGGGUAAUAUUACUAACAUCAAUUACAUUUCAAUGUAAGGUACUGAUUGGGUCUAGCGUUUACCAAUUUCAAUGGAGGCUACCGUGAGUGUCAGGGGAGAACUUGGAGGGUACGCCUGCCUAGCCUAAUUGACUCAUGAAACGGGAAGAGCGCCCCUCCUUCCCAUCAACUGAGGACCCUCAACUUGGCACACUGCGUGCUCGUCUACUUGGGUAUUGGGUGGACUCGAGAGCAUUCACUCAGCCCUCUAUUUGCUGGAGCGUGUUGACACCAGCUUUCCCAAAGUUUUGUGUGUUUGUCCACCUUGGAGCGCAUCCGGAAUGCGAGACGCUCAUGUUCGCAUGUCGUGUGGACUCUCUGUUUCACCUCUUGAAUGUUGGGGGGAUCUUGGUUUUUCCAUUUGCUAGCUAUACUUGUCUUGGCGGCUAGCAGUAUAUGGUAGAUAACCACCUUGUGUGGCGAUACUAGCGUUCCUGCAUGAAUGUGUAAAAGAUAGCAUUCUGGGCGGAGCGGGAUGGGGUACCCUGUAAUUUCUUGUAUUAAAUUGCUAACCUGUUGCCAAAAUUGGAUUAGUUUCGUGCACUCCCAAAAGAUAUGGAGUAAGGUGCCCACCUCGGCUCCACAUCUCCAACAUUGUCGUGAAACAGUAGGAUAUAUUUGGGCCAGGCGGGAUGGAACAAGGUACCAUCUCAUCAGUAAUUUACUGAAGCUCUCCCAAUGUGAUAGGCUGUGCGAAGAGGCACGCGUGUUUUGGAUUGCUUGUAACCACAUAGGUAGGGGGAAUGUAUUGUUUAGGUCUCGUUCCCAUUUUAUCAUGUAGUCAUGUUUAGUGGUCCUAUCUACAUCAUUUAAGAAAGGAAGGAUAUAGGCGCUCACUAAAAAAAACCAAUAAAUGUGAAAAGGCAGCAGUGAACCUGCAGGACUUCCCAAUGCCUGCUAGAUAGUGAAAGUGAAAAAGAAAAGGUGGUAGACCGCGCCAAAAGAAUAAAUGAUCAGAUAAUCAUAAAUGUACAUACAUGUAGUUCUUGAAUUUUACAGCAUAUGGGAACCUCAAAAAAGAACAAUAAACAAUAAUAGUGCAAUAUGCAAAAGUACUUAGUAAUGUAUAAAUAGGAUACACUGUGGGUAAAGAGCAAACUCACACUUUACCGAGCUGCUAGGAGCUCUGCCGUAUAGCGCCUGGACGGUACAAUCCCCAUCUUAGGAUAUGUAGUUCUUGAAUGUUACAGCAUAUGGAAACCUCAAAGAAAACAAUAAACAAUAAUAGUGCAGUAUGAAAAGGUAUUGUGAUAAUGUAUAAAUAAGAUACACUGUGAGUAAAGAGCAAACUCACACUUUACCGAGCUGCUAGGAGCUCUGCCGUAUAACGCCUGGACGGUACAAUCCCCGUCUUAGGAUCUGAAUAUACCAGGAGGUCCAAAUUCAACGGUCAUAUAUAUAUGAAAAAAAACAAAAUAUACAGACCAAUGGUACAAUAUCAUAAACUGGAAAUAAUAUAGAAAAAAGUAGGUAUCCUACUUACAGUAUCCAGAGCAAUGACUUGCUCUGGUGAUGACAGCUUAUGGUGGUAUAAUCCCCACCACAGGAUAUAACAGGAAAGCAGCAGCACCAGAAGAUAUGCAAAAGCCAAGGGAUUUGAAAAAAGGCAAUGAAAUUUAUUAUUAAAAAAUAUAUUUUAAAAUAUAUAUAGGUAAAAGUAUAUAAAAAACAUAUAUAGUAACUUCAAAUCCUAUCCUUGACGCGUUUCGCCCGGGUUUGGGCUUUUUCAAAAGAGAGGAUGUCCUUGGCGUUCCACCCGGUUUAUAUAGGGAGAGUUGGUAGUUCAAUAAUAAUCUGGUGUGGUGCUGUUCUUCCUAUUUCCUGUUUGGUCGCGGGCGUCGACCGGAAAUGACGCGCCGCGACCAUUAGUAUGUGCUGGGAGAUGUAGUCCAUAUGAGGCAUGUAGUUCAGAUCGCGGCCGUCAACCGGAAGUGACGUGCCGCGAGUACCAGUGUAUGAUGGGAAAUGUAGUUUCCCCAAGUGUCCAUCUGUUAUAUUCGUAGUCAUAAGCCGGAAACCGGAAAUGCCAUGCCAUAAGUGGUAGCUGGGAUAUGUAGUCUCUUAAAAUCCAUCACAAUGUAUAAUUUUAAUGUACAAAUACAGUGUAAUCAAUUCUUAUUAUCAGUGAAGCAUGCACAACAUGAUAUAUAGUGAUUACUAUGAGCAAACAGAUUCCAGUAGUGUAUAUACAUCCUUAUUGGGAAAACAUAGCCUACAGUGGUUAAUCUGAUAGUGAUGAUGUAAUUAGGCAUACUUAAUCUAUACAAAUAAAAAAAUAUAUUUUAAGAAAAUAGAGAAAUACUCUUGAUUAUUAGAGAUGCCAAAUGUUGAUUAUACUCAAGAAUUUAUUUAUCGCAAUGUACAAAAAGACAACCACUAUAGGGAAUGAUCCCAACUUUGAGGUGAGAAUGACAAAAAAAAUAAAAAAAUAAAAAUAUUAAUUAUAAAAAAUUGAAAAGGUUGAAUUCAGCAUUCAAUCCUUUCGGGUAUAGGGUGUCCAAAUAGUACACCCACUCCAUUUCUUUUUUGCCCAAUCUUUUGGUCAUAUCUCCACCUCUCCAAUAUUGUGGCAUCUUAGUGAUACCCAUAAAUUUUAACUCACGAGGAUCAUUCUUGUGUAUUUCAAAAUGAGAUGAUACUAGAUGAUUUUUAAAACCUUUCUCUAUGUUUCUACAGUGUUCCCCUAUUCGGGUUUUCAAAGGUCUUAUAGUCCUUCCUAUAUACUGUAAGCCACAUGGACACUCUAAAAGAUAUAUAACGUUUUUGCUCAUACAGGUAAUAGUGUCUUUAAUUUGAUAUAUUUUAUUGGUAUUAUUUGAUUUGAAGUUUAAAGUAUGUCUGUCUAUCUUUUUAGUUUUUCUGCAUGCUAUACAGCAGUUGCAUCUAUAAAACCCAUUUUUAGUUUGUAAAAAAUUCUUAAGGGCAUUGGAGCUUUUCUCCUGUCUUGUGAAAUUUUUUGUAAGUUGCAUUUUUAAGUUAGGUGCCCCUCUAAAUAUUAUUUUUGGCUUAUCCGGAAUAAUAGUACCUAGUAUAGCAUCUUCUUUUAGUAGGUGCCAGUUUCUAUUGAUAAUCUUUUUCAUUUCUCUAUUUUUAUUAUUAUAGUCCAGGACUAUUGGUAAUGUAAACUCUUUAUCAGUAUAUCCUGUUUUAUUUAGAGUAUUGCUUUUGAUUAAAGAUUCCCUAUCGAUACUAGUUAUCAUCUCUAUAUUUUCUUCUAUCUUUUCUUUGUCAUAUCCCUUCUCAAUAAAUUUUUCUUUUAUUUCUUUCGCCUGGAUUUUAAAGAUUUCUUUAUCUGAGCAAUUCCUUUUUAAUCUUAAAAGUUGACUUUUGGGAAUACUGUUUAGCCAGUUUUUAUGAUGACAACUAUCUGUUUCAAUGAAAUUAUUAACGUGGACCUCUUUAAAGUGCGUUUUAGUGCAUAUUGUAUUAUUAUUGAUAUAGAUGUCCAAGUCUAAAAAAGUAACGUUAGUUUUACUAAAAUCAGCUUUUAAAAUAAUACCAUUAUCAUUGUUAUUUAAAAACUCUAUAAAUAGUUUGGCAGAUUCCAGUGGACCCUUCCAUAUAAACAGAAGGUCGUCUAUAUAACGAAAAUAGGUAACCAGGCUCUCCACCCAGCCAUGCCCACUCCACACUGUUCUGUCUUCCCAUUCAGUCAUGAAGAGAUUGGCAUAGCUGGGUGCGAACCUGGUCCCCAUAGCUGUACCAUUUUUUUGCAAAUAAAAAGAAUCUUUGAACCAAAAAUAAUUGUUGUUGAGUAUUAAAUAGAUGCCCUUAACUAUGAAGUUAAUCUGUUCUGUUUUCAUAACAUUGUCACUUUCUAAGAUUUUUUUCACCGCAUAACACCCUUUUUCAUGCUGUAUUACAGUGUAUAAGGAUUGGACGUCACAAGUUAUUAGUACAUAUUGAUCGUCCCAGCUGAUAUUUUCUAAUUUCUUAAGUAGGUCUAUGGUAUCUUUUAAGUAAGAUUUUGACUUCUUCACAUAGGGCUGUAGCAUUAUAUCUAUGUAUUCGGAUAGAUUCGACAGGAUUGAAUCUAUACCGGAUACUAUUGGACGUCCAGGUGGUUCUCUAAUAUUCUUAUGUAUCUUUGGCAGAAAGUAAAUGACUGGUAUCUUAGGGAAUUUUUUGUUUAAAUAAUUAUAUUCAUCUAUAUUUAAAAUCUUUUUAUUUUUUCCUUCAAUUAAAAAAAUUUCUAAUAAAAUUUUGAUAUCUGGAGUCGGAUCUCUAGACAGUUUCGUGUAUGUUGUAUUAUCAUUGAGUUGUCUAUAGGCCUCUUUUUCAUAUAAUUCUGCUGAUAAAAUAACCAGUCCUCCUCCCUUGUCUGCCGGCUUUAUUACUAUUGUUUCGUCUUUUUGUAAUUCUUUGAAGCUCUCUUUCUCUUUUUUGGUUAAAUUGUUUUUAUCUCUUUUAUCUUUUAUAUUUAUGGUUUUUAUAUCAUGACACACUUUUUUUUCAAAUAUGUCAAGAGCACUGGAUUUAAAAUUUGACGGAUAAAAUUUGGUCCUAUUUUUUAAAAAACUUCUUAUAUAUGUGUUGUCUAUUGCACUAUCGUUUUUUACUUCCUUAUUAUUAGUGUUCUUCCCCAUAUAGAAUCUUUUGAGGGUUGCAUUGCGAACAAACUUAUUCACAUCUAUAUAUGCUAAGAAUGGGUUGAAUGUUUUAGUAGGGGCAUAUUUUAACCCUUUAUUCAACACCUUUAAUUGUAUAUUUGUGAGGGGUUUCCCAGAUAGAUUGAAGAUCCCUUUACUUUCUUUUUCAAUAUUGUCUUUCUCUAAAAUCUUUCUGUUCUUCCUUUUUUGUUUUCUUCGUCCAGAUCUUCUUCCUCUAAAAUUCUUUUGCGGCCCCUCUGUGGACUGGUGUGAUCUGUCUGUCUUUCCCGAUUGGACGGGAUCUCUAAAAAAGAGGUCUCGUCCAAUUGUUCUGAGAAAGACAAGACAUGGUAUCUGUUAUGUUUAAGGUGAUCUUCAGGAGGGCUAAUAGGAUUUUCAUAUCUUGUGUGAACUCUCCUAUUUUCCCUUUCCCAAGGAUGGUGAGUUUCUUUAUUUCUAGUGUCUUUAGGUGAUCUAUAUCCUUGUAUUAAUCGGUGAGUUUUUGGUCUUACUACCAUUUGGGGUUCUCUCGUGUCGAUUUGUGUAUGUAUUCUUUCUCUUUGAUCUAGGCUUUCUUUAUAGUGAAUAGUAUCAGGUUUUAUUUUUUGUGAUUUAAUCAUAUGUUCCCGUGUUUGGAUUUCAUAUUGAAUUUUAUUAUGUGUAUCUUCCAUUUUUCUUCCUUCAUUGUUAGUGUUAGCUCUUUGUCUAUUGGUGUGUGUAUCAUUAGUGACUUCCCUGUGUUUAUAUGGAGAAAAAUGUCUGUGAGGUUUUUUAGAUGAGGGGAAUUUUGUUUCCCUUGGUGAGUGAAUUUUAUAUGGCGAAGAUUUUCUGGGUACAAAAUUUCUACGUGGUGAUCUGUUCUUAUAUUCUCUUCUUUGGAUGUAGUCCUUAUGAUUCAAUUCUUGACUAAAAAGGCGUUUUUGCCUUGGAUAAAAGGUUUUGUUGUAUACUCGAUCCUUGUUUACAAAAACGUUAUCGUAUGUCUUGUAUGCCUCAAAGUUUUCUCUUUUUCUUAGAUCAUAUGUUUUUUUGUUAUAUGUUCGUACUUGAUUAUGGGCGUAAUCAUAUUUGUCUCUAUUGAACUUAUUGAUUUUUAUUCUUUUUGUUUCUAUUUCUGUUCUUUCCAUUGUUUUUUUUAUUUUUAAUGUGGAAUCGUAGUAUUCCUCUGUAUCUCCAAAUGGGACUAGUUGUUCUUUUAGAUUAUUGAUUUUAUUAUCUAGAUUUUGUAAUUUCUCAUUUUUUACUUUUAUCAAAGAUUUCAUUAAACCAAAAGUACAGAAUUCCAGAUGGCCAAACCAUUCCUCCAUGAAUGGCUGGUUAUCUGUAUCUGAGGUGGGCAUUUUGAAAAGACGUAACCCUCUUGGUGUAAUUUUAUCCUCAAUAUAUUUGGUUAGAGUGGCUAUUUCCCAUCUUAGUUUCAUUUCUUUAAUCAUAGUGAAUUCAAGUUCUUUAAGCAAUUCACGUGGAUCUUCAUAUUGUAUUGGGGGCUCGUCACACUCUAUAUUGAUGUUUAGAUCUAUAUCCUUAAAGAUAUCAUUUAUAUUGAUAGUAUAUUGUUCUCUAUACUCAAAUAGUGUCAUGGUUAUAUAUAGGGCAGCCUAUAAGGGAAGUACAAAAUACAGAUAAGAAAGGAAGGAUAUAGGCGCUCACUAAAAAAACCCAAUAAAUGUGAAAAGGCAGCAGUGAACCUGCAGGACUUCCCAAUGCCUGCUAGAUAGUGAAAGUGAAAAAGAAAAGGUGGUAGACCGCGCCAAAAGAAUAAAUGAUCAGAUAAUCAUAAAUGUACAUACAUGUAGUUCUUGAAUUUUACAGCAUAUGGGAACCUCAAAAAAGAACAAUAAACAAUAAUAGUGCAAUAUGCAAAAGUACUUAGUAAUGUAUAAAUAGGAUACACUGUGGGUAAAGAGCAAACUCACACUUUACCGAGCUUUACAUCAUCAUUAUCAGAUUAACCACUGUAGGCUAUGUUUUCCCAAUAAGGAUGUAUAUACACUACUGGAAUCUGUUUGCUCAUAGUAAUCACUAUAUAUCAUGUUGUGCAUGCUUCACUGAUAAUAAGAAUUAAUUACACUGUAUUUGUACAUUAAAAUUAUACAUUGUGAUAGAUUUUAAGAGACUACAUAUCCCAGCUACCACUUAUGGCAUGGCAUUUCCGGUUUCCGGCUUAUGACUACGAAUAUAACAGAUGGACACUUGGGGAAACUACAUUUCCCAUCAUACACUGGUACUCGCGGCACGUCACUUCCGGUUGACGGCCGCGAUCUGAACUCCAUGCCUCAUAUGGACUACAUCUCCCAGCACAUACUAAUGGUCGCGGCGCGUCAUUUCCGGUCGACGCCCGCGACCAAACAGGAAAUAGGAAGAACAGCACCACACCAGAUUAUUAUUGAACUACCAACUCUCCCUAUAUAAACCGGGUGGAACGCCAAGGACAUCCUCUCUUUUGAAAAAGCCCAAACCCGGGCGAAACGCGUCAAGGAUAGGAUUUGAAGUUACUAUAUAUGUUUUUUAUAUACUUUUACCUAUAUAUAUUUUAAAAUAUAUUUUUUAAUAAUAAAUUUCAUUGCCUUUUUUCAAAUCCCUUGGCUUUUGCAUAUCUUCUGGUGCUGCUGCUUUCCUGUUAUAUCCUGUGGUGGGGAUUAUACCACCAUAAGCUGUCAUCACCAGAGCAAGUCAUUGCUCUGGAUACUGUAAGUAGGAUACCUACUUUUUUCUAUAUUAUUUCCAGUUUAUGAUAUUGUACCAUUGGUCUGUAUAUUUUGUUUUUUUCAUAUAUAUAUGACCGUUGAAUUUGGACCUCCUGGUAUAUUCAGAUCCUAAGACGGGGAUUGUACCGUCCAGGCGUUAUACGGCAGAGCUCCUAGCAGCUCGGUAAAGUGUGAGUUUGCUCUUUACUCACAGUGUAUCUUAUUUAUACAUUAUCACAAUACCUUUUCAUACUGCACUAUUAUUGUUUAUUGUUUUCUUUGAGGUUUCCAUAUGCUGUAACAUUCAAGAACUACAUAUCCUAAGACGGGGAUUGUACCGUCCAGGCGUUAUACGGCAGAGCUCCUAGCAGCUCGGUAAAGUGUGAGUUUGCUCUUUACCCACAGUGUAUCCUAUUUAUACAUUACUAAAGUACUUUUGCAUAUUGCACUAUUAUUGUUUAUUGUUCUUUUUUGAGGUUCCCAUAUGCUGUAAAAUUCAAGAACUACAUGUAUGUACAUUUAUGAUUAUCUGAUCAUUUAUUCUUUUGGCGCGGUCUACCACCUUUUCUUUUUCACUUUCACUAUCUACAUCAUUGAUUGCUGAAUAACUCAGGGAGAGGGGUUUACCUAUGGAUUUAGUGGUUAUACAACGUCGCCUGAAUGUGGUAAGAUGUUCUGGAUCGCUAUGGUGUAUUUUUAGCGAAGAUAGAGCGUGUUUGAUGCGCAAAUAAGUGAACAGCUCCCUAGAAGGUAACGCAUAUUCGGCUUGCAAAUCAGGGAAUUGUUUCAUGCCCUGUGGUGUAAAUAGGGACUCUACUGUGGUGAUUCCCUUUGUGACCCAGUUUUUCAAUGAGAUGUCACUGAUUAGGUCUAGUAGACGUGAUAGGGGAGCAAAGAAAAUGGGGUGUGCCUGUCCCAUAAGAUCGCUCGCCCAUCUUCUCCAACUGGUUAUCAGGAAAUUGGUAGUGUAUAAGCUUUGUGGGGAGGAAUUUACUGGUGCGUUACGCACCCAUAAAUUUUGAGUUAACGAGGCCGGGUGUAGGCACGCAUUUUCCAAAGGCAGCCACACCGGUGUGCUGGCCCUCGUGAGAAUCUCCACACCUUGGGCGAGCACUGAGGCCUUGUAAUACCCUUUGAUAUCAGGGAUUCCUAUGCCUCCUUUGUUUGGGGACAACCAUGUGAGCCUGAGAGCUAUUCUGGGGGGUUUCUUUUUCCAGAUAUAGGCAUUGAAGAUGGAUUGGAAUUUUUUGAGGAGUGUGUCCGGUAGCGCAAUGGGGAGGGUGCGGAAUAAAUACAGGACGUGGGGCAGUGCCAUCAUUUUGAUCGUUUGAACUCUACCUAACCAGGAGAUUUCGAGGGGUUGCCAUUUGUCUAGCAUAGAUUGUAGUUUGUGUGUCAGGGGUAUAUGAUUUUCACGCGUGAGUCUAGCGAGCGGUAUUGUUAAGUUGACCCCCAGGUACUUUAAGGCCUUGAGCUUCCAGUCAAAGGGGAACAUAGACCGCAGCCUAUCUAUCGUUGGGGGAGAAAGCCCAAAAGGUAGCACUUGGGUUUUGGUUGUGUUGUUUUUGUAAUAUGAAACCUCGUCGUAGCGAUGUAGUAGGGAGGUCAGAGCCGGGAUAGAUUUAUCGGGGUGUGUGAGAAAAAGCAGAAUGUCAUUCGCAAACAGUGUCAUUUUUUGGAUCCCUGCUGGUGUAGUGAGUCCUGAGAUCUCUGUGUGAUGUUUGAUGCGGUAUAUGAGUGGUUCCAGGCAAAGUAUAAAGAGCAGGGGUGACAGUGGGCACCCUUGUCUUGUUCCAUUACUGAUUGUGAAAGGUUGUGAUAGGAAGCCUGAGUUAAAGACCCUAGCUGACGGUGUGCCGUACAAUGCCAGAAUGCUGCCUAUGAAGUUUGCCGGGAAUCCCAGUUUCAGGAGGGUGGCCUCUAGGUAUGUCCAGUUGAGCCGAUCAAACGCUUUUUCAGCGUCUAGACUCAGGAUCACCCCCUGUUGUUUGCUUGACCCCAGCCAGUGAAUCAGAUUCAGACAGUGACGUGUGUUGUCCCCUACUUGGCGACCCGGAACGAAUCCUGCUUGCUCAGUUGAUACUAGAUCUGCAAGAAAGGGUUUCACGCGAGAUGCGAGUAGUUUAGCAUAUAGUUUAACAUCUGCGUUGAGAAGCGAGAUCGGUCGCAGGUUCUCACAUUUAGUGGGUGGUUUGCCCGGUUUAGGGAGUGUAAUUAUAUGUGCUUCCAGCAUUUCUUUUGGCAUAAGCCCUGUCGUUUUAAUGUCAUUAAAUAAUAAGGUUAGGAAGGGGGUUAGGAUCCCUGACAAUUUAAUAUAAUAGUAGUUUGAGAAUCCAUCGGGACCCGGGGCUUUAUGCUUUGGGAGAGUGGCGAUAGCUUUCGAGAUCUCGUCUUCCGAGAACGGUCGUUCUAGUAUUUCUCUUUGUGUUUGUGACAAGUGUGGCAAUUCUACCUGAUGGAGAAACUCAUCUAUGACUGCAUGUGUCGGCUGAGGUAUUGAGGGGUCAUUUUUCAGGUUGUAUAAGUUGGAGUAGAAGGACGCCAACGCGUUAACAAUAUCGGUGGGGUUGUAUAAUUUAGAUGCCUGCGGGGAUUCGAUAUAGGGGAUUUUCGAUUGGAGACGUUGGGCUUUUAACUUAUUGGCCAAUAAUUUACCCGCUCUGUUGCUUUGUGUGUAAUAUGUCAACUUAAGAGCUCUCAUUCUUCGUUCGAUCGUUUGUAAAGAUAGGGCAUUUAAGUCUCUCUGUAGGCGAGCAACUAUUUUAGCUAAUUUAGUGGAUGGGUUACUCUUAUUGAGCUUAUCAACCUCUGUGAGUUCGUGUGUUAUCCGCCUCGUUUCUUCGUCUGUUUUCCGUUUUUUACGCGACCCGAUUUGAAUUAGCGCCCCCCUAACUACAGUUUUGUGAGCUGCCCAUAGGGUACGUAAGGACAUCUCCUCGGACAUGUUUUCCUUGAAGUAGUUGGUAGCGGUUUCACGAAUAGUUUGCAACGACAUGGGAUCGUCUAGAAGACUCUCGUUAAGUCUCCAUUUGCCUCUCCCACGGGUUGGAUAUAGGCUGCUGAGAGUUACUAUCACUGGGGCAUGGUCAGACCACGUCCGAAGUCCUAUAUCUACGUCAAUUAUGUUUGUUAGGGUCAGUUUGUCUACCAGUGUAAGGUCUAUUCGCGAGUAAGUUGAGUGUAGUGGCGAGAAAAAUGUGUAGUCUCUACCUGUUGGGUAAGUGUUGCGCCAGGAAUCGUAUAAGUCUAGUUCGAACAUAAUAUCUGACAGGACUUUACCAUUUUGAUAUGCGGAAGGGAUAGGUUUCUUAUUAUUCACCCUUUGGAUGUUCAGGUUUGGGUCUGGGUUGCAAUUGAAGUCCCCGCAAAUUAUAACCUGUCCAUGUUUCAUUGAGUCUAUCUUUUUAAGUGCCCUUUGUAAGAAGGUAAUUUGGCCAUCAUUGGGGGCGUAUAGGGAUGCGAUGGUGACCUCGACUCCAUUAAGUAAGCCUACCAACACUUGGAGGCGGCCCACGCUAUCUGCAUAAGUGACUUGCGGUUGAAAGACCCAGUCUGCAUGAAAGAGGAUAGACACCCCUUUCGAUUUGUUUGGGGAGUAAGCAUGGAAGGCUUGAGGGUAGCGCUUGGUCUGGAACUUAGGGGGAUUGUUAACACACAGGUGUGUUUCUUGUAGGCAUAUGACUGCGGCUUUAGACUUGUGCAAAUCUCUGAUUGCCAUGCUCCGCUUGUGCGGGCUGUUCAAGCCUUUGACAUUCAGGGAGAGAAUUUUAAACUCAGAGUGGGUCAUUGGAAGGUAUAAGCUGCCCGGCUCAUGAAAUUACCCAUAACAGUGACGUAUAUUGGAGUGGUGGGUCUUGGCUCCUCAACGUAUUUAGGUAAUCCUCCGUACAUAUUAAUAAAGACAUACCAUUUUGAAUUGUGUCUGAAAGGGGGGAGGGACGGAAUUGAACAGGGGAAGAGUUGGGGAAACAAGUUAAGAAACAACGUGUUCCUGCCUAUAGCAGGGUCUACUGCCGUAUCCGUGUGAGGUGGAGCCUCACACUUCGUCGGCAUGGGGAUCGUGGUAUUAUGACCACCAUUUAGGGCCCUAUGACACUACUAGGAGGUUAAGUGAACAACCCGUUGUGUCCAGACCGUAGACUUCGGGUACUGACCUUAUUAUGCUGUCAGAUUCAGCAAUGGGCUAUUUAUACUUUUAUUAUGUCAUUUUUUUUUUUUUUGUGAAGAGGGUAUGGGUUAGGGGGUCAUUCAAUUUGCCCUUCACCGGGAGGUGUGCGUUACUUGGGGGCAUUCUAGCCAGUGUGUUGGGGCCUUUGCUGCCGUAUGUCUGGGUGGGUGCUGCUGAUAGUGCCCCCAACUGCUUUAGGGACUACCUUGCUCCAUAGGGCCCGCCUGCUUACGCCAGCCUCCUAGUGUGGUGCCUGAUACAUUUAAGUGCUGCCCCUCUCCCAAUACCCCCCAGCAGAUACCCUAUUGUUAAGGUCUGAUAUGGCCUGACACGCCUUGGUGUAUACUUGAGAAUGUUUGCGAGACACGGUCAAGGGUAUUGCACCUUAGCUUGUGCCGCAACAUAUCUGGUUACUAAUCUUAGUGUACAAAUGGUCCUGUUAGGCCAUUAUGACCCCGCGACUUAAAAUUAAAAUAGGGAAUUACCAACUAGAUGAGUGAUCGACUGGUGGGCCAGGAGCUGAUCUUGUAUCCCAUCAGAAUAAGUGCGCCAGGGGACAUAAAAAGACAUGGAAUAACAAAACAGUUAAAGAUACUCAAGUGUCCAGGGUGCAGGUUGUUUCCUUUUAAGUGUUCAUGUUAGUCCCGUUUGUGAGAAGUAGCGGCAGCCCCAAUCUUUUUCCAUUCCGGUAGAAUCUUCAGCGGUGAGGCGUUUGUUCUAGAGUUCAGGCCUUGCGCUUGGUGUAACCCCCAUUCCUUCAACUUCUCCAUGCCCGCAUCUGGUUCCAAGAUUACGAUGGUUCUAUCGCGGUACCAAACUAGCAGUUUCGUGGGGAACCCCCAUCGGUAUGGUAUGCUGUGAUUGCGCAGGGUUUUGGUCACAUUCACAAAUUCCCGCCUUCUCGCCAUUGUUGAAGCAGAAAGAUCCGCAAAUAUUUGAAUAUGUUGAUACGGGUCGGGCAAAGCAGUGAGUUUCCUAGCCGCGUUUAGAAGGUGUUCUUUGGCAGUGUAGUGAUGAAAUCUUACUAUGGUGUCUUUUGGGGUGACUGCUGUAAAACGGGCCGGUCUUGGUAGCCUGUGUACCCGGUCCAUCUCCCAGUCGGAAUCUUCCACUUGUGGGGCUAGAAGUUUGCAAAGAGUUUUGAUGUGGAGAGGGAGUGCCGCGUUGGUAAUUGCGUCGUCAAUGCCCCUGAAACGCAAAUUGUUGCGGCGCGAUCUAUCUUCCAUAUCUGCCAUUUUGCUUUUAAGGGAUUUUUGUUCCUCUUCCAGAGUAUGCAGCUUGUCGACCAGUUCAUUAUGGGCUUCACAUAUUUCUUCCGUUUUCGCUUCUAGAUGGCUAUUGCGACCACCUAAUUCAGCUAGUUCUCUUUUUAGCUCGUUGGUGUAUUGGCGGAGAUCAGACCGGAGAGAGCCCUUUAAUGCCUGCAACAUCGUGUGGAGGCUUUUAUUGGUGACCGGCUCCUCAUCCAGUGACUGUGGAUCAUAUUCUGGAGCCUCUUGACUUUCUGGUGAUACUGAGCGAGCAGCGUGGCCGUCGCCAUCUUGCGCCGGUCUCGUCUUGUCCUUUUUUGUUUGCCUGACCGGGUCAGUGAUCUUGGUUUGUUUAGAGGGUGCCAUGUUGGGGUCGGGCUUCGUACCCGCCGUUUGUGCCGGUUUUCGUCCGGGUUUUUGUAGCUAAAUCGACGCUUUGGGCCUGGUGGAGCACGGAGCUGUCGUUACAUGCGACUUCUCCUCUCGGUGGUCGGCCACGCCCCCUGAAGUGGCCAUUUUAACUGAACCUAAGCUUACCUGUCAGUUGUCCCUCCCACCCUCCCUAUAUUUGGUUAGGUUAGUUGAUUUCCCGUUUUUUCACAGUGGCGGGGAAUGGCCUGUUUAAAUCAGAGGGUAGAUGGAGGAGAAAGUGGGCAUCCUGAAGUUUAGUGUGGAUUGGGCAGUGUUGCACGUGGUUGGUAGGUUCGAGCCCGUCGGUGGCUCCGAACCUGGGGGUGUGGUGGUGUCUUGGUACACCCUACACUGGAACUGGUGGGUAGCUGUGGCUUGGUACACCCCUACAAUGGAUAUGGAGAGUAGCGGUGUCUUGGUACACCCCUACAAUGGAUAUGGUGGGUAGCAGUGUCUCGGUACACCCCUACAAUCGAUAUGGUGGGUAGCAGUGUCUCGGUACACCCCUACAAUUUAACCUGGUGGAAAUGUGGUCAAAUUGGGCGGCCAGUUUCUGUGUUAACAUGUUAUUUAGAUUGUUAUCUAUUGUUAUUAUUGCUAGGGGUAUGUUAUGUAUAUGGGGGAGGUUAACAUUAUUAAGAUUUGUUGGCAAUGACCCUAUUUGUUAUUCCUUAAUUAUUUAAUUAAUAAUUUAAUAAAGCUGUGGACGAAUUAUUUCCAACAGUAUAACCUGUGUCCGUGUUUUAAUGGGGGUUUGGGUAAGGUUAGCGCAUAUGCCGGCAAAUCCGACUGUGCGCCUGUCAUGCUUCUCUAUACAAAGCAUUGGUUAGGCAGAGCAUGCGGAUUGUUAUGGAUACAAUGUAAGUCCUCAAUCAUUUUUUAUGAAAGUAUUCGACUGGACUGGAGAUCAUCAAUAAUCUAUUCGACUGGAGAUCAUCAAUGGUCUUUGCGACUGCAGAUUAGGUGCACUGAGGAGACUGCUAGCGAUGAAAAAAAAAAAAGAAGAAACAAAAGUAGUGAGUUUACUCAAUGUGCCAAAAUCUAAAAAUAAACUUGGCAGUGUAAUACAAAAACAAAAGCAAAUACAAAUAUACAAAAGUCCUGAACUCAAACUACCACCACUCCUGACCGGCAGCAGUGACCACAGUAUAUUUAUUUUUAACAUUAGAGUGUUUCUUUAAUGCUUUCUUACCCUAUUUCCUUCCUACUCAUCUUGUUUUUCUUAAAUUUUUCCAACUUCUCUCUUUUCCAAGAAUAAGAGCGCCAUGAGAAAUGUACAUGGUUAUUCUCUAAAGUAAGAAUUCAAAGUAAAUUUCAAAUUUAAAGGAACACUAUAGUCACCUAAACAACUUUAAUGAAGCAGUUUUAGUGUAUACAUCAUGCCUCUCAGGUUUCACUGUUUUCAUUGUCAUUUAGGAGUUAAAUCACUUUGUUUCUGUUUAUGCAGCCCUAGCCACACCUCCCCUGACUAUGAUUGACACAGCCUGCAUGAAAAAAAACUGGUUUCAUUUUCAAUCGGAUGCAAUUUACCUUAAAUAAUUGUAUCGCUUUCUCUGUAAAUUGAACUUUAAUCAGAAACAGGAGGUUCUUGCAGGGUAUAGCAAGCUAUUAACAUAGCAGGGGAUAAGAAAAUCUUAAUUAAACAGAACUUGCAAUAAAGAAAGGAUAAACUUUAGAUGACUCUUUACAGGAAGUGUUUAGGAAGGCUGUGCAAGUCACAUGCAGGGAGGUGUGACUAGGGUUCAUAAACAAAGUGAUUUAACUCCAAAAUGGCAGAUAUUUGAGUAGUGAGACUGCAGGGACAAGAUAUAUACACCAAAACUGCUUCAUUAAGCUAAAGUUGUUUUAGUGACUAUAGUGUCCCUUUAAGGUUCAAAUAGUCUGUUACGUCAGCUAUGCAUUGUUUGGUUGUUUUGCUCUUCAAUUUGAAAUUUACUUGGAAUUCUUACUUUAGUAAAUAACACUUUUAGUCUUGCAUAUUUCUAUCGUAAUUAGGUCUCUUGUCUUAAAAAAUUAAAAGCACAAAAUAAAAUCUUUCAUCUAGUCUACUCUUUUCUUCUUUUAGGUAUUUUAUUUAAUGAUAUUUAUGCUGCAUCAAAAUUUGCCAUUGAAGGUUUUUGCGAAAGUUUGGCAGUCCAGCUACUGAAGUUUAAUAUAUUGUAAGUACACAGACAAUUGUACCUAACGUUCUCUUUUUGAUGAGACGUUUACAAAUCUAGGUUUUAUAUAUUAAAAAGCCUAAACCAGUUAUGUUUUUCCAGCAUCUCCUUGAUAGAACCAGGACCUGUUAACACAGAGUUUGAGAUGAAGCUGAUGGAAGAAGUAUCUCGUUCAGACUUCCCUGGGGCUGACCCUGAAACCAUACGUUAUUUUAAAGAUAUUUACCUACCUUCCGCUCACGAGAUCUUUGUCACCUUGGGACAGACGCCAGAUGCAGUGGCAAAGGUUAUAUAUUUUUAUUUACCUUGUAUUUACUGCUAAUAUUUAAAUCAUAGGUAAAAUAUUUUUUAAACAAUGUUUUUUAUGCCACAGCAUGUGUCCCUAUCUAGGGACAGAUUCCUAUUUUUGGCCAAAAUCCCUGUCUCUUCUAUCGUAAUGUCCCUCUUUUCUAGAAGCUCCACAUGGUUGGUAUGUCUGAGUGUAUAACAGAGCUCCACGGCAGUAAUACUCACAGUAAUGUGUCUUUAACCCCUUAAGGACCAAACUUCUGGAAUAAAAGGGAAUCAUGACAUGUCACACAUGUCAUGUGUCCUUAAGGGGUUAAACUAUAAAAAUCAGUUGAUGUAAAUAAAAUACUUUAUUCUUGUUCUAUAUUACGUUGUAGUUGCAUAAAUUGUUAUUAUUAAGUCACCUAAAAUUAUUUAGAACAGCUCUGCCCCUGGCCACAUCCCCACUCACAGCCCUAAAAUUAAAGUGUCUAUUUGAAAUAUUGAAAAGUAUGUUAAAUGCCAUGUCCCAUUGUUCCCUUUUGUCUAUGGCUCUAUGCUAUCUGGUUGUGGGAGGGACAGAUCCCAGCAGAGAAAAGGGUUCUUUGUACAGUAAGAGUUAUUAACAUAUAGUAUUCUCUGUCUAGUGAAGUUGCUUCAUCAGAUUCAGUAGAAAUUUGUCCCGCACUCAGUGUAGUCAAUGUCAUCCAAGAUUCGAUGGCUUUGGAUGGCUAAUGAGGAAUUGAAGCCUUUGCAUUUUCAGAGAAACUGCAGAGGAGCCAGGGUUUGGGUGCCAUGAAAUUUUCUCAAAUCUCCCAAAGGGGGUUUAAUAAAACAUAGUGCGAAGGCACCAAAAGAUUCCCUGCACCACAACCACUACAAAAGGACGCCACUGCGUCUGUCCCUUCACCAGGGACCUCCAGGAGAUGCUGCAGCAACUGCAAGUAUUGCUACAAAACAUACACACAUCAGAGAACUGUGAGAUGGGGGAUUGACUUUUUUUUUUUUUUUUUGACUCAGGUCUCAGGUAAAAAAACAAAACAAGAAAAAAACAUAUGGUAGAGCAUAACACACAGGGUGUCUAGCAUUUAUUGGCAUUGGACUAAAAGGGAAUUUAGUUUUGGUUAGUGGGAGACAGAGCUUAUUCUGAAGCCUAGCGUGCCUAGGAGUGUGUUCCUGUGGCCGAAUGAUCUGGGGUUGCUAAGGGCAUUUAGUCUGAAUGUGCUUAUAGUACAGUAAUAAUGUUAUGGUUCAGUUUGGCAAACUGGGUUAUAUGGGGACCGUGUUUUCUAUAGUGUGGGCAUUUAGGUGCGCUCCUGUCUUGAAAUUAUACCCCAUUACCCUGGGGAAGUGGGGAGGGAGAGGGGUAACGUUUCAGUGGUGCAAUUAACCUGAACACUUGCUAACAUAAACAUAGGAGAGAGGUGAAUCUCAGUCGCCAUAAAUGGCAUGCCCAUGUAACAAGAGGGCUGUUAAGUGGUAAGUAUUAGUCCCUGGAUUCUUCAGGUUGUGGCCGCUGUGGAGGAUCCCGCUCCAGCCCUUCAGGGGAACGAACGGUGUCACCUUUGUAGGGUCACUUAUUGUUGGCUGUGCCGCUAGGUGGUUUGGUUCCACAGCUGACAGAGACUCCUGUUGCAGCCCCAGGCUUGGCAGAUCAUCUGUGGCUCCUUGCAUAUCUUGGAUCUUGAAUGAUGUGUCGCUGUGGUGGAUUAAAAGUGCCCGGGGUUGCCUCCAUUGGUAUUUUGAUGUGUCAGCUGGAGUCAGCUUCCAGCGUGCUCAGACAGUCUGUCAGGCCAUUCAGGUCUCCGCGAAUCUGGGCCAUGUCAGCUUAUAUAGUGAGCUGAAGCCCCGCUAGCAGUUCUUUCAUCACCGCUGUGGUCACUGGAGAGGUAUAUGCUUGUGGGUGAGUCUGGAGAAGAGCUGUCAGGAUGGGUGAGUGGUGUAUUUCAGCCCCGCUUGUAAAGUCAUCUGAUAUAUCAGAGCAGUCAUCGGCUUAGUCAGCCAUGUGCCCAUGUUGUUGCGGGCCUGCCUCCAUAGGUCUCCAUAUUUCCUCUCAGCUGAGGUUUAUCGGGCUUGGCCUUUUUAGUUUUUUGGCCCAUCUCUUAAUUGCAGUUAGUGGUUCAGUUUGGUACCAUUUGCAAAGAGUUUGGGACGCGUUAGAGCGUCCAAUGUGGUUGAGUGGUACGGAGCUCCAAUUGCAUACAGCCAUUCUGGUCAGUAGCUUCGGGAUUGACUUUUUAAACAGUAAAACACACACAAAAUUUACUUUUUCAGUCCCGUCACCCUAAAUACAAUAACUCUUUGUCAAAUGCACUCUUCCUACUGUCUUAAUUAUCUACAAACUUAAACCUUUGCACACCAGUAAUAUUAACCUUAAAAGUUCUAAUCUCUGCCUCUUGUUCACAGUGUGGACAUGGGUUAGCUGUUCAUGUGAACUACAGUUUUGUUAACUAGCCCUUCCAUGGCCGGCCUUAGGCCUUUAGGCGACCUGUGCGAAAAAUCUUCACAGCGCCACCCUCCCCCUGUCAUCCAUGUAUAGUGUGUGUGUAUAGGAGUGUAGUGAUUGUAUGGGGAAUUAAAUUAGUAAUGAUUUUAAAAAAAAUAUUCAUUCCUCCUUUCCUAGUUGGAAGAAGGGCAUGCUGAUCUGAAACUGGUCUGCCCCUUGACUGGGUACAAACCAUAACUGUCUUGCAAGCUCAGGGACUUGCAGUGUCCUGUGGUAAUCUGCGGCAGCGCUCUGAUUAUCCUGAGCUAGGAAGACAGCUACUUAUGGUUUGCAGCCAACAGAAGUGCAGGCCAGAAGUGCCAGACUGCCUCCUUUACAUUACCGAUGAGCAGACUAAGUAUGUCACAUAAUACUGUGAGUGGUUUUGCUUUGGAGCUCUGGAUUAUACUUAUUUACCUUGACCUCUUUGGAAUAAAAAUGUGUAGUAAUGCACUGCUUCUCCAUUUAUCACAGAGCUCUACAACAAUAAAACUCCCAGUAAUGUGGAGCUCUGUGACAAGAGCAUACACUACACAACAAUACAACCCUAAGUAAUGUGUCUAUUAGUGUAUCACCAAGCUCCCUAACUAUAAAACACAGAGUAAUGUGCAUUUUAUAUACCAGAGCUCCACUGUAAUACAUCUCACUAUAAUAUUAUGUAAUAUUUGUGUUGUGAUAGGUGUGAUGACUGAAUUGUGAUAUGUAUGCUAUGUGUUGGCUGUGUGUGAUAUUUGUAAUGGGUGUAUUGACUGUGUGUGAUGCAUUUAGGCCUAUGUUUGAAUGCAGGUGUAUAUUUUUGCAGAGUUAUGUCCCACAGUGAGAUGCACACAGUUAUACAUAUACAUUGUCAAAUCCACCACAUGCACACAGUUGCAGGCAGAUAGUCACAUACACAGGAUCAGGCAGAAACACAAAGGGUACAGGCAGUCACACAUACACAGUUACAGGCAGAUGAACACACUCUCACACAAUUAGAGGCAGACAGUCACACACACAGGUACAGACAGACAGUAACAUACAUACAGCCAUACAUUCAGUCUUACACACAUACACGCCCACACACUUACAUGCAGACAGUCUCACACACACACACACACUCACAGGCAAACCGUCACACAAACAUACUCACAGGCAGACAGCCACACACACACACACACAGGCAGACAGUCACACACACAGGCAGACAGUCACGCACACACACACACGCAGACAAUAACACCUACUUACCUCUGUUCAUUAUGGAGGAGUGGAGGCAGUGCAGCUCCUGGAGACUGGUUAUUGGGGAAGCAGGGACUCCUUCCUGCUUCCCCUGCAGCAGUUACCACCGGCACUUUUAGCUCCGUUCCUGCCAUCAGUUUAGCCCCGCCUCCGCUGCACAGGAAGCUCCGCCCCGCUGCAAUAUUGCAGAGGGGUUGUUUUUUUUUAUAAUCCUGGCCCGCCAUGUGUGAGCUGUGUCAGCCGCAUGGUGCCCCCUGCUCCCAUGGCGCCCUGUCUCACUUGUCCUUAGUCCAUCAACUAAUUUGGAGCUGGAGAGUUAAUCACCAGGGUUCAUAGUCUAUGCACAAGAUGCUGGCAAGUGAGUCUCUCUGCAGGGUCCAUUUGUGACUCCGUCUUGUGUGCCUCCUCUCCAGGUCACAAUGUGUGCCAUGUGUGAAUAAUAUAUUGUUUAUCCAACUAUAUCUCACUUUAAUGCUGGUUAAUAUUUUAUAAUUUCUCUUUCUGACAGGCCACUGUGAAAGUGAUUGGAAUGGAUCAGCCAGUUUUCCGUCACCAAACCAACAUUCUCUACACCCCCUUAACUGCUCUAAAAUAUGCAGACAACACAGGAAACCUCUCAGUCAGGACCUUCUAUAACCUUCUCUUCAACUAUGGCUCCAUGUUCCACUUUAGCCUGAACUUUCUUAGAUGUAUAACCUGUAAGUGCUUUCGCAGGAGAGUUAUGCCUGUCUGAACUUGCUUGGCUACCUGACUAUAUCAGUCUACAAAUGUGUAGCCUUAAGGUCUACAACAGCAUUAUUUUAACUAACAGCCUGGAUAGGUCUUUAAAGGAAUUUAAUUUACGGGAAAAAAAUAAUAUAUAUAUAUUCUCUUGUAUUAAAUAUUUUAUUUAAUAAGGUCCCCAGUCUAUUUCUGAAUGACAUCUGACCCUCACUGUUUGGUUUUUAUAAUUACAAUACAUAGUAAUCUAGUUUGAAAACAGACUAAAAAGUCCAUCAAGUUCAAUCUUUAAAAUCCAUUCCUGUAUGCUGUUGAUCCAAGACCCCAAUUGUAGUGAUUUCCAAUUACAAAAAUAAUGUCUUAUUAACUCCAUAAUGGCAAUCAGAUUACUCAUUGGAUCAACAAGCAAGAUUGCACAGUCAAGGUGGGGCCUUACCACAGUUUUAUAAAGAGGCAAACUUAUUAUUUUGCUUGUGUGAAUCAAUAACCCUCCUUAUACAUGAAAGCACCUUACUAGCUCUUGCAAUGGUAGACCAGCAUUGGAUACAGUUGCCUAGUUUAUCUAUAACUGUUCCAAAGUCCUUUUCAUUUGAUCUUAUCAGUAUCUCAUCCCCAUUUAAUACAUAAGUGGAUUGUGGAAUUUUUAUACCAAAUGCAUAACUUUGCUUUUAUCUGUGUUGAAUCUCAUUUGCCACUUGCCUGUCCUCUCUCCGAAUUUACCAAAUUACUAUGUAUAGAGUUUAUAUCAUGCUCAUCCUGUAUUUUCUUACCUAGCACCUAGCAAGCACUGACAUAACUUUCAAUGCCCAUUUUAAGGUCAUUUAUAACCACUUUUGUACAAUUUGAAAAUGUUCAAUUUACAACUACUUUCUGUAAUCUAUCUUUAAACCAGUGUUGUGUCCAAAAACAUGAUUUUUCAUCUAAGCUAACUGAUAUCAGUUUUAAAGGGACACAAUAGGCACCCAGACCACUUCAUCUUUAGAGAAACUGCAAUGUUUUACAUUGCAGAGUUAAGACUGCCUCUAGUGGCUGAAAGAGGAAGAGAAGAGGACAGGAUAAAGGUAUGUUAGAGGUAACUUUUCCACUUUACGCUCCCAGGUCAGUAGUUUCCAGGUUGAACUUUUGAUCCUUUUGAUAUACAAGCACCACAUCUGUUUUCUCUAUAAGACAUGGUUAAUGUAAAUAUAUGUAUUAUUUUUUGGUUUGUUUGGUAUUAUAAAGGUAAUUUGUUCCUAUCUUCCAUAGAAGACUAGAAUGAUAAGUGCUUUACAAAUUGGGAAAAAAUGCAAUGAGUGCAAAUUAUGCAAGAAAAGAAAUUGUAAAAAUGUCUGUACUAGUCUGUAAGAGUACUUGUGUGUUGUAAUUUUGUGUACAUUCCUGAUAUGAAUUAUGUCGAUAUGCACUAAAUGUGAAAAUAUGAAACUUGAAGCUACAUAAGUUAUGUUAGAUUUGUUUAUGCAGUUAUUUUUUUAUUUAUUUUUUUAAUAAUGAAUAGUUUUACUUCAUAAGCCCUCCCUUUCACCCCAUCUUUCACAACCUGCAGUGUUUCCUCUUUUGUUACACAAAAACUGUUUAUACAAUGUCAUAAGUUUGGUUUCUGGGAGCUAUGGUUCCGUUUUUCAUUUUCAAGUCAACCAUUGAACUACAAAUAUUAUUACUAAAACAUUAUUAUUAUUAUUAUUAUUAUCGCCAUUUAUAUAGCGCCAACAGAUUCCGUAGCGCUUUACAAUAUUAUGAGAGGGGGAAUUUAACUAUAAAUAGGACAAUUAAAAAAAAAACUUACGGGAACAAUAGGUUGAAGAGGACCCUGCUCAAUCGAGCUUACAUUCUGUAGGACAUUUAUUAUUUUUGUAUUGCUAUUACUUUGGCAUAUCACUUUAUAAUUGCUUGAUAUUUGGGCACUUUAUAUUGUUUAGAUUAGACUCAAUUAAUUUUAUUUUUUUUUAGGUUAUUUUCUUUGAGAUUCAGAAAGAUUCAACUCCUUUUGAUUAAGUACCUAAUUUUUCAAUGAGAUAACAGAUGGGGUUUAUGAUCCCAUACAGGUUUUGCGGUUUGCACUCAAUUGUAACUCUUCACCAUGAUUGGGUUAUUUAAUUAUUGAUUACCUAUAUGUAGCUUUUUAUAAAAACUCCCAGACCGCCUUAUGGUGGGCCCAUGCAGCACUGCAUAGCAGAUAAACUCAUGAGUGACACAGAAAGUCACUUCCUGGUUUGGUUACAGAUCGCUGCAAAAUAUGCAAAACAAUGCAGCAAUUGUAGGAAUUUAAUAAAGCUUAAAAAAAAAAUUAAAUGUCUUCUUAUUGUUUUGGAGGUUUUGAUGCAUUAUCUAUAUAAGGCAUUAAAAUAAAGAAUUGACCGUCACUGGAAUGUCCAUUUAGACUCUGUGUGUUUAUUUAGUUAUUUAUUUU